ACUCAGUGACUCGGUCGUUUCCCACUUCAAAUUUCGGGGAGCCGGAGCGACCUGAGUCAAAAGAGAUGCGGCGGCGGCGGCUGCGGCGGCGGCGAAACAUUUUGCCGGAAAAUCCGGUCUCCGACCGGAGCUUCUCAGCCGACGAGGAGGACAUCGACGGCGACCUGUCGGAUGACUGCGCCUCGUUGGACGCGCGCGCCGGGAGAGAGGACGGACUGCAAAUUCUGUCUCAGCUGGAAAAACUUAGAGAUGCAGGAGAAACUUCUGUUGUUUCGAGCUCGGUUAAACAAUUUGAGGAGCAAGCUGAGUUCCCUCUGGAGGAUGAAGUUGAAGUUCCUGAUUUUGGCAAUGACCGCCGCUUCAUCUGCUCUCCGAAGAGUGAAUUCAUGUGCUGCACUGCAGAUGAUGAUGAAGUGAUAUCUGAUGAUGAGGAAAGUAGCCCUCUUGCUAACCUUUCCAUUCCAUCGAGUUAUAGAAAGAUUGAGGAAGUUGGCUUUCAUGCCUCCAAAACAAAAGCAAAGGAAUUGGCAACACUCUCUGUGGUAGUCAAAGAUGUUGGAGAAUCAGUCCAGUCUAUUCAAAGUACUUCAUGUUCAUUGAGACAUGCUAGCCACUCUAGAGCAAACCACUGUUCCAAAGCUUCCAAAGGCAAAGCCAAGGCAAAAUUUUCAUUUGGCUUUCACCGCAAGGAUGAACACUUGUCCUGUAUUCCAAGGGCUGAAAUUAGGGGGUUACAAAAAGUGUGUGAACAGCCUGAAAUACAUGAAGAUGUAAAGGGAAUAGAGCCGGGCUAUCAAGCGGUAGAUGCCUCUGAUGAUUUCGAUCAAGAAGAAAAGGAAGAUUCAGAGGGCAUGCCAUCCAAUGCGCUAGUUCUUGGACAUCGAUAUGCUAAGCAUUCUAUGGCUGACCUUCUAGAUGGACUCCAUGACAGCAGUAACCUUCCAAAUGAAAUGUCUGGUAGCAAAAGACGGCCUAGGAUGGGCUUUGCAAGCAAGAGAAGUACUUUCACUACAGGACAAGGAAAGCCAGACGAUGAAGGGGAGAUUGAGGCAAUGGAUAGUAAAUCACCUAGUGAAGAUGAGAACAACUUUGAUGAGCUGAAGCUUCCUGUAGCAUACUGUAAACGACAAAGCAUGGCGGAUUGCAUUCAGCGAGUUUUAGAUUCUACCCCUUUGGACAGUGGAAGGGCUCUUAUCACAGUUCCAAAGUCACUGGGCUUUGGACUAUUUGGAAGAUUGCAACAGGUCAUGCAGAUUGAAAAGGAGAGUGAGCAGGAAUUCUUGAAGAAGCUGCAGGCUGGUAUGUCAGGCUUCAUUGAUGUAAUGAUCCUGUCGAGAAAGUUGGAUGCAAAGCUCACAAUUUGUCUUUGCUCUCUGGAACAGAAUCAAGAGGGAACCCCAUUCCCACAUUGUAGUCAGGCAGAUCUGACAGGAAGAAAGAGGACUGUUAUUUUUAACCCAAGAAUUUGCAACGAUGUUGAUCUCGAAAUUGGAAACCUGAUCCGCAUUUAUUCCCCCUGGAAGGAGGUUCAAGUGAUGGGCUAUGAGAAGAGCAUUAUUUUGUCGACGUACUUUUCUCAUGUCUCAGUUUGACUUCAGGUCUGACCAAGGAGGUGACAGCAGAACCUUCCCGGCAACCCCGCCUUGCAAGGCAACGGAUGAGCCCUGUCGGAAUGAGUCCAGCACUUGAACUGCGCAGUUCUGGAAUGCUCUGGUAAAUUACUCCCGCGAGUUUCGUUCUCUUGUCUCUGAACCUGUCUUUUCUCCCCGCUUCCCUUUGGGUGACCUCUUGUACUUCACUUUUUACUCGAUGAACGGCUUGCAUCUUCCAUCGAAACGACGAAGGAAAAACAUAUUUGACCUCUUGUGCUUCACUUAUCACUUGUACGUAUUUAUGGAAAUUACCUAUCUGGUUGGCGUGUC